GGGGAGAAUGAUGUUCCGCGCCGAUGCACGACUGCGGGCCGUAUGCAAGACCGCCAAGCUCAAGCUACAAUAACGCGACGCAUCUAACAUUCUUUUGCCGAUUGGCAUCAGCAAUGCGGUAGCGCGGAUUGACAUUGACCUCAAGUCGCCUAUCAUAUCCUUUUCGUUUCAUCGUCUGCGCCUUUCUUCUCUCGCCUGCCGUAUCGAGGCGGACCAUGGGCAGAUAGCGACACAAUGUUCACCUUCUGCCCGCUCCAGGGCGCGCUCACAGAAUCCUCAGCGUCGCAGUCGCUACUCGAGCUCGACGGCGGCGUCAAGGUCCUCGUCGACCUUGGCUGGGGUGAAUCCUUCAAUGUAGACCAGCUCAAGGAGCUCGAAAAACAAAUACCCACGCUCUCUCUCAUCCUCCUCACCCACGCCAAAGCCUCCCAUCUUGCCGCCUACGCACAUUGCUGCAAGAACAUCCCGCUCUUCACACGCAUACCUGUCUACGCGACGCGACCGAUCAUCGACCUUGGACGAACGCUCACACAGGACCUGUACUCCUCGGCGCCGGCCGCGGCGACCACGAUAUCUGCAGAGUCGCUAUCCGAGACGGCGUAUGCAUUCUCGCAAUCGGCUGCCUCGCAGGCCCAGAACUUGCUACUGCAGACUCCGACGCCAGAGGAAAUCGCGCGAUUCUUCUCACUCAUCCAGCCGCUCAAAUAUUCACAACCACUUCAACCGCUCUCUUCUCCGUUCAGCCCGCCUCUCAAUGGCCUCACGAUUACGGCAUACAAUGCAGGGCAUACACUCGGUGGAACAAUCUGGCAUAUUCAGCAUGGCUUGGAGUCGAUUGUAUACGCGGUGGAUUGGAAUCAGGCCAAGGAGAAUGUCCUUGCCGGUGCGGCAUGGCUAGGAGGUGCAGGCGGCGGUGGUGCGGAUGUGAUUGAGGCGCUGCGCAAACCGACAGCUCUCAUUUGCAGCACACGGGGAGCUGACAAGGCGGCACAGACAGCGGGGCGGAGCAAACGCGACGAGCAGCUCCUCGAUAUGAUCAAGUCCUGCGUCACCAGAGGAGGCACUGUGCUGAUCCCCGUGGACUCGAGCGCGAGGGUGCUGGAGCUGUCAUACCUACUGGAACACGCGUGGCGGACGGACGCGGCGGCUGAGGAUGGCGGUGCGCUCAAGAGCGCCAAGCUCUAUCUCGCGGGGCGAAAUAUGGCGAGCACCAUGCGGUACGCGCGGAGCAUGCUGGAGUGGAUGGACGACAGCAUCGUGCAGGAGUUUGAGGCCUUUGCCGAAAAUCAGCGCAAGGUCAACGGGGCAGGAGAAGGCAAGGCUGCCGGACCGUUUGACUUCAAGUUCCUGCGGCUUCUCGAGCGCAAGGCGCAGAUUGCCAAGCUGCUCUCGAGAUCCGUUGAGAACGUGGAGACGGAGGGACGUGUGAUUCUAGCAAGCGACACGAGCAUGCAGUGGGGGUUCUCGAGGGACAUUCUCAAGGGAUUAGCCAAAGACUCGAGGAAUCUGGUCAUCCUGACCGACCGACCUGGGCUUGCACCGGGUCAAUCACCGUCGAUGGCGAGGACGCUGUGGGAGAUCUGGAGCGAGAGGAAGGAAGGUGUGUCGGUCGAGUCGACCAGCUCCGGGGAGGAUCUUGAGUUUGUCCAUGGCGGUGGGCAAUCGCUCGAGAUUCAGGAAGCGCAGCGGGAGCCUCUGGAAGGGGAUGAGCUGGACGUUUACCAACGGUGGCUGGCGACGCAGCGACAACUACAGGCGACCCAGCAAGCAGGUGGUGCUGGUGCCAUGGAGACCUCGGGUGAUAUUGUCGACGACGCAUCCGAGUCCUCGUCAGACUCGGAAGACGACGACGAGCAACAGGGCAAGGCACUGAAUGUGUCUGCGCAGCUUGGUCAGGCUGGACGGAAGAAUGUGGUACUGAAGGACGAGGACCUGGGCAUCAAUGUCUUGAUUAAGAAGAAAGGCAUAUUCGACUGGGACACGCGCGGCAAGAAGGGCAGGGAAAAGUCGUUCCCGCUCACCAUAAGGCGGAAGAGGGGCGAUGAUUUUGGCGAGAUGAUCCGGCCAGAAGACUUUCUGCGCGCUGAGGAGAAGGAGGACGACGCAGCCGAGGCUGGCAAACUGGCCACGGAUGACGACAAGCUGGGCAAGAAACGCAAAUGGGACGACGUCGCGAAGACCGCGCCUAGUAAAGCUGUCGCAGCGGGCGAAGACGAGGGCCACGGCGCACCAGACGGGUUUGUCGCCGAUGAGCUGGACGAGGUCCAGGACACGGAGCCUGAGCAGCCGUCGGGCCCCUCGAAACUGGUUUACACAACCGAAACGAUCACGACCAACCUCCGCAUCGCUCACAUUGACUUUAGCGGUCUCCACGACAAGCGCAGUCUCAACAUGCUGAUCCCGCUGAUCCAGCCGCGCAAGCUCAUCCUCGUCGGCGGCAACCACCAGGAGACCAUGGCUCUCGCAGAAGACUGCCGUGCCGCCCUCUCCGGAGACGUGUUCACCCCCGAGACGGGCGUCUGGGUCGAUGCCAGCGUCGACACCAACGCCUGGCUGGUCCGUCUCGCGGACCCGCUGGUCAAGAGGCUCAAGUGGCAAAACGUCAAGGGCCUGGGCAUCACCACCAUCAGCGGCCAGCUCCUGGCGCACGCGCUCGCGCAGGAAAAGGAGGAACCCAAGGAGGAAGAGGGGCCGGCCAAUAAACGACAAAAGAUGGACAACACGGCCGUCGCGCUUGUCAACCACUCGAUUCCCUCGUCGACACCUACCCUUGACAUUGUGCCGAGCACAAUCAAGGCCUCCUCUCGUUCGGCCACGCAGCCUUUGCACGUGGGCGACUUGCGCCUCGCGGAUCUCCGGCGCGCGAUGCAAGGGGCGAGCCAUGUUGCCGAGUUCAAGGGCGAGGGUACGCUUGUCGUGGACGGGAGUGUCGCCGUGCGCAAGACGGCCGAGGGCAGAAUCGAGGUGGAGAGCAUAGGACUCCCGUUGGGCGGGAGGCGGAACGCGCUUGUGGAGGUGAAGCGGGUGAUCUACGAUAAUCUGGCCGUUGUCUUGGGCGCCUAGAUGGAUGUACUACUUUAUGUAUGCUAACGAGGAAAGGCGCGUAUCAUGCGUGGGGAAUUAUAUAUGGCCAUCUUUUACUCAAGAUUGUUCUCUGAACCGUGCUAGGAUAC